GGGCCGGGGGGUGGGGGAGUCACAGAGAGAGUAGUACUACGAGCUGCGACGGCGAUGAGGUAUCUAGGGUUUCGGUGGGGACGAAGCUUGCUUCGCGAGCUCCAUAGAUUUCGAUCCUUCGAUUCUCCAUGUUCUCCGGUCUCAAUUCCCUACAGGGAGCCAUUAAUGCGUUCGAUCUCGGUGGCCUCUCAUUCGCCUCCGCGAUUAUACUCCACUGAACUGCAUCCGCAACUUCCUGCUAACCUUCUUAAAAUCAUGGAGCAAAGAAUGAUUUCUAUCGAACAGAGAAGCGCGCACCUUCAGGAGCAAAUUAAUCAGACAGCCAGCAGCAUCGGCAGAAGAAUAUUCAAGGGCCAAUAAGGAGCUUCAAAAACUAGUGUACUCUACGAAGCUGAUUAACGAAUUGAGAGCUAAGAAGGAGGAGAUUGACAGUCUGAGGUCAUUGAUAUCCAACUCUAAUGAAGACAAAGAAAUGCGCGAUUUGGCAGCAGUGGAAUUGGCCGAAGCUGUUGAGGAGGAGAAAAGGCUGCAGUAUUUACUGUUUAAGUCGUUUCUUCCAAAGGAUGAUGCUGAUGAGAAGGAUUGUAUAUUGGAGGUGAGAGCAGGAACUGGAGGUGAAGAAGCUUCUUUAUUUGCUAUGGAUGUAUUUAAAAUGUAUGAGAAAUACUCUCAGAAGAAUGGCUGGAAAUUUGAUGUUGUACAAAUAAUGGAGUCUGAUCUAAAAGGAUACAAGGAAGCUAGUGGAACAAUAUCAGGCCAAGGUGCAUACGGAAGGCUUAAGUUUGAGAGUGGCAUUCAUAGAGUUCAGCGAAUCCCAGUGACAGAGAAGUCGGGACGGGUGCAUACAAGUGCUGUAUCUGUUGCUAUUCUUCCUCAGGCUGAUGAGGUUGAUGUUCAAUUGCGAAAUGACGACCUGAAAAUUGAUACAUACAGAUCUGGUGGUUGUGGAGGCCAGUCUGUCAACACCACCAACAGUGCUGUUAGGAUUACCCAUAUCCCUACUGGAAUAACUGUUGCUAUACAAGAUGAAAGGUCGCAACACAUGAACAAGGCUAAAGCUCUGAAAGUGCUACGCGCAAGAUUAUAUGAAAUGGAGAGGUCUAGGCUACAAAAGAGCAGAUCAAAACUUAGAUCAGAGCAGAUUGGAAGCGGUGACAGGUCUGAGCGGAUCCGGACAUACAAUUUCCCUCAGGGUCGAGUCACUGAUCACCGCAUCGGGAUCACUCAUCACUCUAUGGAGGAUGUUUUGGAAGGGGAUAGCCUAGACGUUUUCAUUGAUGCGCUUCUUCUGCAAGAGGAGAUGGAUGCGAUUGCAUCAUUUGGCUCAUAGUUAUUCAAUUUUCUUUUCUCUUUUUUGAGUCAGGAAAUAUAGUUUAUUUCAAAAUUGAUCAAAGCAGGUAGCCUUAUAGGGUUUUUUUUUUACCCAGUAGUAUGAGUCUAUGACCCAUUUUCAUUUUCGUGUUUGUAGUGGUAGCUAAAUCAUGCAGCAAGUUGAUAUAGUGGAGAGGUCAUCAUCCUAAUGUUGUGAAUCUACUGUUGGAGCGGAAUGUGUAUUAAUGUAGUCUCACACUCUCACUUACCAUUUGGCAAGUAACGUCUAUUAUUUUCCCCUCUUUA